AUGGCAGCUCUAUCAGAACAACCCCUCGCCGAACCCUCCACUGACUUCGAAGAACUCACCUCUCUCGAAAAGUCCUCAGACUUCACAUUCCCCUCCUUCAACGCCACCGUCGCCUUUGAGCUCGGCCUCGCCCUGCGCGCCCGUAUCCUCUCCCUCCCAGAGGACCAACGCAGACCAGCCGUCGUCUCAAUCACAUCCUCCAACGGGAACCACAUCCUCUUCCAAGCCGCGACGGAAAGCGGCACAAUCCCCGAUAACGAGGAAUGGGUGCGCCGGAAACGCAAUACCGUCCUGAGGUUUGGGAUGAGUACGUGGGCGUUGAGGCAGAAGUUUGUGGCUAGCGUUAGAAAUACAGAUGAUAGAGGGAGGGUGGAGGCGGUGUUUGCGCAGGGGAGGGGGUUGAAAAGUUCUGUGCCGGGGGGAGUGCCGGAUGAUUAUGCUAUACAUGGCGGUGGAUUUCCGAUUAGGGUGGUGAAUAUGGAUCAGGUUGUUGGGGUGGUGGUUGUAAGUGGAUUACAGCAGCAGCAUGACCAUCAGGUUAUUGUUGAGGUGAUCAGUGAUUUCUUGAAGAGUACGAAAUAG